AUGGCUUUAGCUUCUGGAUUGUGUGACAUUCGUGCGGUGGACAAAAACGUGCUGUAUACAAUUCCUCUCCUCCCUUCCUCGGCCUCCCUGCCCUGCUCAUCACUGACGGUGGUUGCGCAGCUGCUGCAGUUUCUCAGCAGUAACAUCGUCAGCGUCGUGUUUGUCGUCGUCACGGCUCUCGCGUCGUCGUACUACGUGAAGCGACCGCGUGGAGCGCCGCCCGGACCCCGCGGCUGGCACGUCGUCGGCUCCCUCUUCUCGCUGGCGGGCAACCAUGGGGGGCGUUACCUGAAGAAGCUGGGUGAGCAGUACGGACCGAUAUUCAGCCUCUAUGUGGGAGCACGGUUCUCUGUCAUUCUCAACGAUCUAGAGCUGGUACAGGAGGCCUUCAUGAAACAGGGUAACGUGACGUCAGCUCGACCCGAGACUUACAUCUCAAAGAUCUGCUUUGCUAAGGAUGACGGAGAAGUUUAUGGUCUCCUGGCAACACAGGGAAGACUGUGGAAAGUUCAGAGGAAGUUUGCGCUCAGCAAACUACGUGAGUUCGGCAUGGGGAAGGACAGCAUAGAGAAGAAGAUCCAGGAGGAGGCGUCCGCCUGUCUCGCACAUCUACGCGACACCAAGAGGGAGCCAUUCGACCCGGAGGUAGAAAGGAACACCCCUCUCCUCCGAAAUAUUGUCCUCAGCAAACUACCCACGGAUGCGGAGAAGCCCGAGCAGCAGACAGUGUACUGCAUCAUCGUGAUUAGUAUUACCCAGAUCAUCGUCUGCGGCUGA